GCCUCCGUAGACGCUAGGUGGCUUCGCUCUUGAUCCCUUCCACGUCAGCCCGGGACUCUGUGGAGCCGCCGCUGCCGCUGCCGCUGCCGCCGCCGCCGUCACCGCCCCGGGCCAGAAUUUCCAGUAUCAUCAAAAAUACCUAUACUGUGGAGUACCCGUAACCAAACACCAUGACUGCUGCAGAAAAUGUAUGCUAUACAUUAAUUAAUGUACCAAUGGAUUCAGAACCACCAUCUGAAAUCAUCUUAAAAAAUGACCUUGAAAAGGGAGAUGUGAAGUCAAAGACUGAGGCUUUGAAGAAAGUAAUCAUUAUGAUUCUGAAUGGUGAAAAGCUUCCUGGACUUUUGAUGACCAUCAUUCGCUUUGUGCUGCCUCUUCAGGAUCACACCAUCAAAAAAUUACUCCUAGUAUUUUGGGAAAUUGUUCCCAAAACAACUCCAGAUGGUCGACUUUUACAUGAGAUGAUCCUUGUAUGUGAUGCUUAUAGAAAGGAUCUUCAGCACCCUAAUGAAUUUAUUCGGGGCUCCACUCUUCGUUUUCUUUGCAAACUGAAAGAAGCUGAGUUACUGGAGCCCUUGAUGCCGGCUAUCCGGGCCUGCCUGGAGCAUCGGCACAGCUAUGUCCGAAGGAAUGCUGUCCUGGCCAUCUAUACCAUUUACAGGAAUUUUGAACAUCUUAUACCUGAUGCUCCUGAACUCAUCCACGAUUUCCUGGUUAAUGAAAAAGAUGCAAGUUGUAAAAGAAAUGCAUUUAUGAUGCUCAUCCAUGCUGACCAGGACCGAGCUUUGGAUUACCUAAGUACUUGCAUUGAUCAAGUUCAGACGUUUGGAGACAUUCUUCAGUUGGUCAUUGUUGAACUGAUUUAUAAGGUGUGCCAUGCAAAUCCAUCAGAAAGAGCUCGUUUUAUUCGUUGCAUUUAUAAUUUAUUGCAGUCAUCCAGCCCUGCAGUAAAAUAUGAAGCUGCCGGCACCUUAGUUACAUUGUCUAGUGCUCCAACAGCAAUCAAGGCUGCUGCUCAGUGUUACAUUGACUUAAUUAUAAAAGAAAGCGACAACAAUGUGAAACUCAUUGUUCUGGACCGACUGAUCGAGCUAAAAGAGCAUCCUGCUCACGAGCGUGUGCUGCAGGAUCUGGUUAUGGACAUCUUAAGAGUGUUGAGUACUCCAGAUUUGGAAGUGCGAAAGAAAACUCUACAGUUAGCUCUAGACCUUGUGUCUUCCAGAAAUGUUGAAGAGCUAGUGAUCGUCCUAAAGAAGGAAGUGAUUAAGACCAAUAAUGUGUCUGAGCACGAAGACACUGACAAGUACAGGCAGCUCCUCGUCCGCACGCUGCACUCUUGCUCUGUUCGGUUUCCAGACAUGGCUGCAAAUGUCAUUCCAGUGUUAAUGGAGUUUCUCAGUGACAACAAUGAAGCAGCGGCUGCCGAUGUCUUAGAGUUUGUCCGGGAAGCUAUUCAACGCUUUGAUAAUCUCCGAUUGCUUAUUGUGGAGAAAAUGCUUGAAGUCUUUCAUGCUAUUAAAUCUGUCAAAAUUUACCGCGGAGCAUUGUGGAUCCUGGGAGAAUAUUGUAGCACUAAGGAUGACAUACAGAGUGUGAUGACCGAAGUCCGCAGGUCCCUGGGGGAGAUCCCAAUCGUGGAAUCAGAAAUAAAGAAAGAAGCUGGUGAAUUAAAGCCUGAAGAAGAAAUCAGUGUGGGGCCGGUUCAGAAACUGGUAACUGAAAUGGGUACUUAUGCCACUCAGAGUGCUCUCAGCAGUUCCAGACCAGCCAAAAAGGAGGAAGACAGGCCUCCACUUCGGGCAUUCCUUCUCGAUGGGGACUUCUUCGUUGCAGCCUCCCUUGCCACAACUCUGACCAAGAUUGCCUUGCGUUACGUGGCCUUGGUUCAAGAGAAAAAGAAGCAAAAUUCUUUUAUCGCUGAAGCUAUGCUGCUCAUGGCCACUAUUCUUCAUUUGGGCAAAUCCUCUCUUCCCAAGAAGCCAAUCACAGAUGAUGAUGUAGACCGCAUCUCCCUGUGCCUCAAGGUCUUGUCCGAGUGCUCACCUUUAAUGAAUGACAUUUUUAAUAAAGAGUGCAGGCAGUCCCUUUCCCACAUGCUAUCUGCUAAACUGGAGGAAGAAAAGCUCUCGCAAAAGAAAGAGUCUGAAAAAAGGAACGUGACCGUUCAGCCUGAUGACCCGAUCUCCUUCAUGCAACUCACUGCCAAAAAUGAAAUCAACUGUAAGGAGGACCAGUUUCAGCUGAGCCUGCUGGCAGCGAUGGGGAAUACACAGAGGAAGGAAGCAGCCGACCCACUGGCAUCAAAACUUAACAAGGUUACUCAGCUAACAGGUUUCUCAGAUCCAGUCUAUGCAGAAGCUUAUGUUCAUGUCAACCAGUAUGAUAUCGUUCUGGAUGUACUUGUUGUAAACCAGACCAGUGAUACUUUGCAGAACUGCACAUUAGAACUAGCCACAUUAGGGGAUCUUAAACUUGUGGAAAAACCUUCUCCUUUGACUCUUGCACCUCAUGAUUUUGCAAAUAUUAAGGCUAAUGUUAAAGUAGCUUCAACAGAAAAUGGAAUUAUUUUUGGCAAUAUAGUAUAUGAUGUAUCUGGAGCAGCAAGUGACAGAAACUGUGUGGUCCUCAGUGACAUUCACAUUGACAUCAUGGACUAUAUUCAACCUGCUUCUUGUACGGAUGCUGAGUUCCGCCAGAUGUGGGCAGAAUUUGAAUGGGAAAACAAAGUGACAGUUAACACAAAUAUAAUUGAUUUAAAUGAAUAUUUACAUCAUAUUCUAAAGUCAACCAAUAUGAAGUGCCUCACUCCAGAAAAGGCUCUUUCUGGAUACUGUGGUUUUAUGGCUGCCAACCUGUAUGCCCGUUCCAUAUUUGGAGAAGAUGCACUUGCAAAUGUCAGUAUUGAAAAGCCAAUUCAUCUUGGACCAGAAGCCCCAGUAACUGGCCACAUACGAAUUCGUGCAAAGAGUCAGGGAAUGGCCCUUAGCCUCGGAGAUAAGAUCAAUCUGUCCCAGAAGAAAACUAGUGUAUAAAGUCAGAAAAGGCCUUUUCAGAUUUUCAGAUUUAGGUAUGUGUCUCGUUGGACUCCAGGCAACUUGUAUUCCUUCAUGCUCUGUGUAAUGUAGAAUCUGAGUUUGUGCUGAAGCAUUUCAGCAGAUAAUUUAUAACUUUUACCCUAAAUCAAGACUGAGUUUAAAAUUACAAUUUAUUUUUCUCUUUCGGUCUUAGCCAUUCUGUGUACUGUCUUUAAAGCAUAUAACAUCUUUCACAUGUACUAAGAAUGUUUCACAGUACAAUGAAUCUGUCUAUUCUUAGGACAUUUGUCAUUUUAUAAAUAAAUGCAUAAUUUGAUUUGCUA